CGCUGUUGAAAUGCGCAUUAAGGACUGAUAUAGCUGAAACAUGCUGGCCAGGCCUUGUGUUUACAUUCACAUUGAACUUGAAGUAGCUGGAGCUCAAAUAGCUAUUAGCAGGUAAUAGCAAUAGCGGUAGGAAGCUAUUGGGAGAGAAGGUAUCCCAUAAUAUCUGUACGCUUUUAGGCGUGUCCAGCACAUCCCUCAGUGAGGAUCAAAGGAACUGAGCAAAUCUACGGCCCGGUACUGUGCCAGGAUGACAAGUGUUCUGCCAGGGCCAAGGGCAGCCACAUGCACUGCCCCUUCUGCAGUGUCACAGAAGCAUACCAGGACCCUGUCAUUCUACAGGCCCAUUACCGAGUCAAACAUGUGGACAAGGGUAUUGACUUUGCAGGCUUGAAAAUACUACGAUGCUGCAAUCACUGUGAGAUUGUUGGUACCAUAAAAGGUGAAAAGAAGUUCAAAGGAGCCCACUGGCAUUGCUACAGGUGCAGAAAUGGUUUCAAUCGACGAGAUGAGGCCAUCAAGCAUUACAAAACCCACUUUCGCAAUCCACACACCACAUUUCAAAUCCAGGUCACACAGGAAGUGAACAACAGGCAGUACUAUGAACAAAGUGCAGAAGCUCAUCCAAAAGCUUAUGGUGGCCUUGCCGUUGGUACCGUUAAUGGAGAUGGCUGCACCCUUGGCUCUAUGCUGGCUCAAACUGUCAUCAACACAUCAACAAGUGCCGAAACUCUGCUCACCCAGGCGCCAAAGGACAGCAGUGUGAGUAACGGAAUUCUUGUGGCUGCUGAGGAGACAGUGGGCCCUUCCCAGCAAGCUUCAGGCCAGGAGACACUAGUGCUCGUGAACCCUGAUGGGGAGAGUGGCAGUCUUGUUUUUGAAGAAACAUCCAGCAUCAUUACUGAGCAGACUGGGGAGAGCCUGGACCAGAGCCUCCUCCUAGAGAAGCAAUUACUUGAACUUCAUCAGCAGAACCAGGCACUACAGCAGGAGAAGGACCUCAUGGAGAAGAAGCUACAGGCUGAAAUCCAGCAACUUAAAGACCAUAUGGCCAGUCUGGUACAGGCUAAUGUAAAGAUGUUUGAGGAGCUACAACUCUACAAAAAUGCAGAAGGAAGUGAACAGAAGAUCAAUAAGCUUGUAGAGAGUCUGGAAGCCCAACAUCAUCAAUUACUACAGACCCAGUUGGCCACCCUGAAAAAAGAGAUUUUACAGCAGCACAGUGGGCUCACCGUUAACGGGCAAACAGGGCCAUUGCAUCUCCGCCUUCCCGUAGAAUCCGACACAGAUGCAGAAGCAAGCGCCAUGGGCAUCUCCUUCCUGAGCGAGGAGCAGGCACCCGGGGAAGAGGGGCCCGGUCUGACAGGGAUUGAAAUUGUGGAGGUGCAGCUCCAUACUGAACAGGCUAAGACGGCAGCCAGUGCAACAACUACCGACCCCAUUUGCCCUGUCAAGGUGCUCCAGGAACAGCAGGGGGCAACAUUACCAGAAAAACGUGCAUGUGAAGAAGUACCCGAAGGGGGAAACAGGAACAAAGUGCAGCGUACCACCUAAUGCUAAGGGAUUGUUCAGCCAUCUUUUUCUUUGUCUCUCUGAGCGUUCUGUUCAUAAAGGUGCACAAGGGUUGUCACGACAUUGCAAAAAAGUUGUGCUGGGUCAGGAGGAAAUAUACUACUGAAUCACUCCAGACUCCUGCACAUGACUGUUAUGGCCCACCCCACUUUUCACUGUACAAACUGCUCCCUUGCAGAGCGGUGCUCACUGGACUGUUUUUAUACCUAUUAGGUCUAGUUUUGUAAGCAUCAUGGUUCACACUGGAUUAAAGACAUUGCCUGGACCAGCACUAAACUAUUUAUGUAAUGUUAUUUAAAUUGUAAUAAUUCUAAGGAUGUUACUCAUCUAAAAUAUUUGCCUUAUUCUUUUCCUGUUGUCUUAAUUAUAUUGUAAAGCAUUAGUCUCACUGAACCCUGAAUGAUCCUCACUAAUACAGUUUAACUGUAACUAUUUUAAAAUAGUGUUUUAAUUUAGAUCAUGUAGUAAGAAAAUUAAAAAGGCUUGAAAAGCCACUGACCCUCAAUCUAAGAAUCUGAAAAUGAAUGUGGUCAUUGAAGACAUGUAAGUUUAAGAAAGAGUCAUUGUGACACAAUGCACUUGUACACAGCCCAUUGAAAGAAAAUAAGGGGAAAAUAUUCAGUUCAAUACAGUGUUUGUUUAAAGGGUAUGGAGCAGGGUAUCUUAAGUUAUGUGUGGUAUAUAUAAGAAUUUUUCAUUUC